CAGUGUUUCCCAAAAGUGGGUGGGGUAUGAGAGAGAGAAAAAAUAACGAGAGAAGAGCCGGGGAGAAGACAUCUCUUCUGUUUAGUGUGAUUUUAAACCAGGUGUUCCGGAUAGCGGAGUGGCAGAUUUCUUUUAUAUCUCUGACUCAGCUUGUUUCAUGGCAUUCCAGAAGAAACUGCAAGGGCUGGUUGCAGCCACCGUUACCCCAAUGACUCAGGAGGGAAACAUCAAUCUCUCUCUGAUUGGGCAGUAUGUGGAUUACCUAAUAAAUCAGCAAGGUAUCAGGAAUGUAUUUGUGAAUGGAACAACAGGAGAAGGUCUAUCCCUAAGCAUUCAGGAGAGAAAACAGUUGGCAGAGGAAUGGGUGACCCAAGGCAAGGAUAAGCUGGAUCAUAUAAUAAUUCAUGUUGGAACACUGAGCUUACCUGAAUCAAAGGAUCUGGCCAAGCAUGCAGCCCAGAUAGGAGCAGAUGGCAUAUCUGUGAUUUCCCCUUUUUUCUUCAAAGAGGUGAAUAAAGAUGAAUUGGUUGCCUUCUUCCGGGAUGUUGCAUCUGAAGCUCCUAAUAUCCCAUUCUAUUAUUAUCACAUUCCUCCUAUCACUGGCAUUAAAAUUCGUGCUGAAGAAUUAUUAGAUAGUAUGAAGGAACAGAUUCCUACCUUUAAGGGGGUGAAGUUCAGUGACAGAGACCUCCUGGAUUUGAGGCAAUGUGUGCAAAAAAGUGAACAAGACAGUUUUAUGUUUCUGUAUGGUGUGGAUGAGCAACUCCUGAGUUCACUGGUGAUAGGAGCAAAUGGGGCAGUUGGAAGUACAUAUAACUACCUGGGCAGGAUACAUAACUUACUACUUGAAGCUUUUGCCUCUGGAGAUUUGUAUUCAGCACAAAAAUAUGAGUUCUGUAUUCAGGAGUUCCUCGGCUUUCUCAUUUCACUCGGCUUUGGUGUUCCACACAUCAAAGCGGUCAUGACAAUAUUUUCCGGGAUCCCGAUGGGCCCACCACGACUUCCACUUUCACCUGUCUCUGACGACUUCAUCUUUAAAGUAAAAACCAAGCUGGAAAGCCUGAAGAACUGCCUCUUUUGUUCAGUUUAAACCUCACUGUGGUCUUAAAAGAAUAGCCCAUAUAAUUUGGUAAACUUGAAAUGUAGUAUUUGAAAUAUUUGCAGCUUGCACCAUUUUCAUGAAGUUUCAUGAAUCUGGCAUGGACUACUUCUUAUCCAGAAUAAUCUGGCCUUGUUUGUGUGGAAGAUGAUAACUGCUUUUAGUCUGCCAAUACUGUGAAGUUUUCCAGGGGAAAGAAACUAACUUUGAAAUAGGAGGAUCUCGUUUCCAACAAAUAAAGAAGUCUUGUCUCCUGAAAUUCUUCUGCAACAUUAGAGAGCAUGGUACAAUUUAAGCAACUGAUUUAUUUCUUAUUACUUUCAUAUCCUGAAGCAAUAUGAAUAGUAAUGUAGUGCUUAAAGCACUGCAUUUAUAGAACCCAUACUCUGGAAAUCUUUUACAUUUACUCUUGAAAUGUACAUACUGUUGAAAACUUGAAAUAGGAACAUGUCCAAUUGGAAUAACAAAUUGUAAUUAACAAGUGUUUUCUAGCUUUUUUUAAGCUCCAUUUUUUAAAAUAAUGAAAGAGUAACAAAAAAGGAAUAAAGCUAAUUAUACACUCCUUGCCUGGAUGGCCAAAACAACAAAGUGUUAUUUAAAAAAGAAAUAACCUGGGAUUUCAUCUCAGCUUAUCUAGGAUACAUGCAUUCAUUUUUACAAAGAAGUAAAUCAUGAAAUGGAACUUAUUAUCACCAUGAUGUUUUGAGCCUUAUGUUUUUGUUUACUACCAAGUUUUCAACCAUAGGCAGCCUAUGAAAUGAGUAUUAGCCUCAAAGUAUAUUAUAAUAUUGCAGGAAAAGAAGGGAAGGAUUGUUACACUAGCCUUGGAUGACACUGUUUUGAUGUGAAAAUGAGUAAAGCAGGUAUUUUCUUGAUCAAACUGAAAUUCUAACUACAGUAUUACUAGGGUCAGGAAUGAUAAAGGAGACUACACAUCAUGGAAUGAAAUUCCUCCCCACCUAUUAAUAUCCUGUUAAACCAGUGGUUCUCAACCUUUCUAAUGCUGCGACCCCAUAAUACAGUUCCCCAUGUUGUGGUGACCCCCAACCACUUAUACAUCAUCGGAUGCCAGGGGCGUGGCCAAAGAAAAGAGGGAAAAAAUGGCGGACAGACUUGUUUGGCGACCCCCGUGAAAUGGUCGUUCGACCCCAAAUGGGGUCCCGAUCCACAGGUUGAGAACCACUGUGUUAAACUAACUCAUCACCAAGCUACCAAAUCUAUCUUAAUUGAUUAUGGGAGUUGUAGUUCAAAUAAAUGGAUGAAACAGAAGCAUAUACUGUCAUUUUUUGACCAAACCACUAUCCAGAAACAGUGUAGAGUUCUUCUUUAAAAGAACUGCAAGAGGUAGUAAGAUCUUGAAUUUAAAACAACACUCAGUGAAACUAACUUAUUAUAUUUUUUAACCCACGCUAUUAUUAGCAGAUUUUCCCUUUUGCUGGUCAAUAGGAAAAAUGGAAGUUCUUUACAAAUAAUGAUAAUGUGUCAAAUACAUCCUGACUAUUACAUGUUUAGCAUACAGGUAUUUCUUGGAUCCCGACAGCAAUUGAGAUUAAGAUCUUAUACCCCUGAAAAUAUAUCUUAAAAUGUGUUGAACAUCUUGCCUGUUGCAUUAGAAGAUGGGCAAGAUAUUCUUCAUGGGAAAUUAUUCAACCCUGUAUUUCUUUUUUAAAUUAUUUCUAUUAUAAUUCAUCCAUUUUGGGGCUUGUAGCAAACAAGGAACUUCAAAAUCCAAUCAUACUCUUUCUUUAUAUCUUAAUUAUGUGCUUCCAGGUAGGGGUUUAAUGAAUAAUUGCCCACCAAUCAUUUAUACUUGCUUUUUUCUCCAUAUCACUACCAUUAAUUUGCUUACUGGCAAAAUUCCAUGUGAGAAAGGCUUCAUGAUGCCUUUGAUAGUUACAAGUAGGAAUCCUCUGCCUAGAAAUAUUACUGUCUGAGCCAUACACUUGAAUUGGUUGAGUAGAUGCACUUUCAAAGCUAUUAUCAAUGUAUUUCUGCUUCUGUUAAUACAUAUGGAAAUAUGUUAAAGGUUGGCAGAACAAAGGAAAACAAAGGAGAAAUCACUGAUUGUUUGAUGCAGCUGGUUGCCUGCUGAUGACUGAUUGCUAAGUACUGCUACUUGUUUCCAGAAUGCUAUUAAUUGAGUAAAGAUUGUUUCCCUAGUGACUA